AUGUGGAGGAUACCCCAUCUAUUUCAUUGCAUAGAAGCAAAGAAGUACUGCUGGUAUAUUGAAGGAGGAUACCCCAUCUAUUUCAUAUGUCGCUCGUAUGAGGAUUGUUGUGGGACUCGCUGCUGCAUCCGAGCGCUUUCCAUCCAGAGACUCUGGUACUUCUGGCUGCUGCUGAUGAUGGCUGUGCUGUUCUGCUGCGGCGCUGGCUUCUUCAUUCGCCGGAGGAUGUAUGCGUCUGCGCUCAGCGAGGAGCCUGCCUUCAACGUGUCCUUCACCAGACACCCGGUCAGCUCGCCAGUCUCUCAGCAAGCGGGCAUGCAAGGCUACGGUGACCCCUGCGGCGCCAUGACAACGACCCUGACCCCUGCAUACCCGGGUCAGCCGGCUCCAUCACACAUGCUGAGCUCGUACCCUCCGCCGCCCUCCUACUGCAAUCAUCCACCUCCCUCCUACGAGCAGGUCUUCAAGAACACAGAGAAGAAGAACCACAGCCAGUCCUCACAAUGAGAGACCAUCGUCUCCAGGAUCUCUCCUUUUUAUUUGCUUGAUUUCAGGACGCCUCUUUCUUGCCUGUUCCCAGUCUGUUGUUUUAUCGUUUGACAGGCGCACUACGGAGGAGCCAACAGGAGAACAAACGUCUUGAUGGAUGCACAGUUUCAAACAGACUUCUCUAGCUGAGAGAGCUUUGAAGCGCUGUCAGGACGUGAAGCAUUGAAGAUACUGAGAGUUUCCCCUUUCUUUGAAAAGUGGCUCAUCGGCUGAAGUGGACCUCGACAAGGUGGAAAGAACCCAUUGACCUUCUGGAGAACAGGAUGAGAUGCCGUGGAGAAUACAUCUAUCACCCGUCCAUCAGAAUCCUAACGGCAGGGAGUUACGUACUGUAGAUAGUGCUUCUUAUCUCCGAUCAUGCGUUUUAUCGUAUUACAGUAUCAUGCGAUAAUGAUGACGGGUCACAGUACUCAUGGCACCUGAGCCUCCCAAACACCACUGAAUCAAAAUUAAAAAGCUAAGUGUGACUUUUAUCUCGCAGUUCUGACUUUUAUGUGACUUCAAGAAACUCACAAUUGUAAGAAAACAAUAUUUGAAUUGUCUUUUUUUUUCUUAGAAUUGAAAUGUAUAACUUGACUGUUUAUCGAACAAUUCUUAGAAAAAAAUUCGGAAUAAUAAAAAGGUAACUGUGACUUAAAUCUCAUAAUUCUAACUUCUAGCAAUCGUGAGUUUACAUCUUGUAUUUCUGUCUUUACAAUUGCUAGUUUAUAUGCCACAGUUCUGUCUUAACUCAGUUUAUACCACAAAAUUCAAAGAAAAAGUCUUAAUCGCAAGUCAGAACUGUGAGAUAAAAAGUUGCAUUUUUAUUUUUUAUUCAGUGGUGGAAACGCCUUUCAUACAAACAGGAAAUUGUCCUUUUGUUCCCAUCCCAAAUGGGUCAGGAAUCUCUUCUGUGGGUAUUCAUUUGAAAUAGAUGAUGAACUCAUGGAGCGAGUCUGUUGAAGCCAGCGAUAGGAAGGUUUAUUCACAUCUUGUACACUUCAUUACACCCAUAGUGCCCUGUUUUUGUGGAUGGGUCGGAAAAUUGCAAAAGCUUGUUUUGGCUUACAUGUCUUGUUUUGUUGGAGUUCACCCCCGAUAAUGGCCCUCUGUGCAAAUUAAUUAUUGAACUACAUUUACCAUUGAAACAUGUGCAUAUGAUGAGAAAUACAGCUGAGUGUUAUUUGGAGGGAGUGAUUUUAUUUCAUUUCAGGCCUCUUCAUUAGAAUAGAAAAGGAUCAAAUGUGAAGCAAAUUGUCACAUUGCAAUGCCAUCACUGGAUAAACAUAUUGCUUGCUAAACUGUUGUUUUACACUAAGAGUGCAGAAUGCAGCAAAUUAUGGAGAAAUGUGUGGGUCACAUUUAAAACCUGAAUUAAAUUAAAUUAAAAAUAAGAAAUAAUAAUUGGCAUCAAAUCAUGCAUAUUUUUAGGACCAUUAAUUAACCUUUUUUCUACACUUAUCUACACAUUAAGCACUGUAAGAAUAAUUUGGGCAAAUGUGAUGAAUUAGCAUUACAAAAAAACAAAACCAAACUUUGAAAUAUAUUAUCUUCUGUUUUUAAGAUGAAAUAUGACCUAUGUUCUUCAUAGCAUUCAUCAACAUAAUUUUUUUUAGGGAUGCAAGAUAUAUCAACCGAUAAAUGUUAAUUUACCUGUUAUCUUUAUCAAACCGAUAAGAGAAUUUGGCCGAUAUCUUUGAGCCGAUAAAUAAUGCAUUAUUUCCUUCAGACGCUUCAGAUGCGCACUAUUUGCCAUGGUCUUUAAUUGCUUGAAAUAUUAUUGUAAUCACUUUGAAAAGGAAAAUACAGUGAACUGCAACAAGUUAUACUGAGAUCAAUACCUACUGUAAAAUAAUGCUAUGGAAUGUUUGUUCACUCAUGUUUCAUCGCUUUGUUAGAGCACAUCCACAAGGUACACAUUCUGGUUAGCACGUUUAACUUGGAGUUCAUUUGUGCAUUUCUUUUUGUGCAUAUAUAAGUUCUUUAUAUUAUGUUUCUGUUGUAUAAAGAUCUGAUUUUCAUACAGUAUUAUUAGCCUGCUAACAAAGCAUUCAUUCAGCUCUUCAGCUACAGAAACACUGCUAUUUGAAACAGUGUUAUUAGUUUAAGAUACUUCUUUUUCAAACUCACUGAUAUAUUAUUAAUAAUAACCACCAUAGUUAAACCAUACGACCAUAUAAACCAUAUUGUUUUGUUUUUUUCAUCAAUACGGUUUAAUUAAAAUAUAUUCAUUGUUGUUGGUGCGAAGGUUAUUUAGUCUAAUUUAUCCAUGGCACAUGAUUUAUGUAUUGAGAUAUAUAUGAGAUAUAAAUAUAAUUUAUUUUUAGGCAAGUUAUGUUGUCCAGUGACUUGUUUGCAUUAUUAAAUUUAUUUGUAAGGCUGAUUUAUGUUAGAGUUAUGUUUAGGUGUUAAAUGCCUUUUAAUGGAUAAAAAUUCAGAUUUAUCAGCCAACAUAUCGGUUAAGUUUUCAUAUUAAAAGAAUUAUCGGUUAUUGAUAUCGGCCAAAAUUUUCAUAUCGGUGCAUCCCUACAUUUUUUUAAAAGCAAUGGUUAAGUCUAUUAAAUACGACUGAUUUAGAGAGAAUUACUAGAAUUCUAGAAGGGAACUUUCAAUGUGGUCCUGAAGUUUUUAUUUAAGCUUGCUUGAUGUUAAUUCAACAUGUGAUUUGUUUGGUACAUAUUGUGGAAAAAACUGACUUUAAAGUUACGUAUUUUGCAUAUUUGAGUCUUGAUUGAUAUAGUGAAUGCUGGCUGGUUUCUAUUCUUGAUGUCGUGAUUGAACAGAAUGUAGCUUUGGGAUCAGGACUGAACUCUCCACAGACUGGGUAUUACAGUGCAUUGAUUGCAUCAUAGCAGUCCCCAUUAUAAACUUAUUAUUGACUCGAACAUUAGCCAGCAUCAAUAGGAUUGGCUUUACCUCAAGUACAUUCAACUAAGUGUUGUUUUUGUAGUAGUGCUCACAUGGUUCAUGGUUUCUUGAAGCUGAACUAUGCAAAGACAGACUGAGUCCAUUUGCUGAAGUUAGAGUUUGUUUAACUUAAGAUCAGAUGGUGUUUUGUUUUAUUUUCAUGAACUUGUGAGCGCAGAGUGUCAAGGACAGCUGUGAAAUUGUACUGACACACCAGCAAGCAGUCGAAGUGAACCGCUCUCGAUGUCCGGAAACCAUCCACUACAAUAAUAAACUGUUUGAGACUUU